GUUGUGAUUAAUUCAAUUAAAAAUUCAUCAUCAAAAUGAAAUUUUUAUUCACAAAAUGUUUUAGCAAAAAAUCUUUCAAUUUAGAUCCAAAUAAAGAUAAAGGUCUAACAUCUAAAGCAAAGUACAUUCAAAUUGGAUUUGCGAUGCUUGCAAAUUUUUCAAUUCUCUCAACUGGGAUGGGUCUUGGAUAUCCAGCAAUUACAACUCAAUUACUAGCUAAAGAUGACACAGUGAUAUUAACAGAAUCUCAAGUCUCGUGGUUUGCAUCAAUCACAGCAAUUGCAUGUCCAUUCGGUGGACCAAUAACAGCUUAUCUAACGAAUAGGUUUGGACGAAAAGGAACAUUAAUAAUUAUUGAUGUAAUUUCAAUUAUUCAGUGGAUAAUUAUCGGAUUUUCAAGUCGUAGUGAUGCUCAGAUACUUUUUAUUCAACUAAUGUUUGCAAGAGUAUUAACUGGACUUACAAUCGGAAUGAUAACUACUCCGGCUGUAUUAUAUUCAGCAGAGAUAUGUCAUCCAUCGUUGAGAGGCAGAAUGAUGGUUUUGUCGACACCAUUUUUUGUAGCUAUUGGCACUUUGCUGAUUUAUUUGCUUGGAUAUUUGAUACAGGAAGACUACCGAUUAGUAGCAAUUUACUCUCUUGGAAUCACAAUAUUGACGCUCGUGAUCUGCUUUUUCAUUCCUGAAUCUCCAGUUCAUCUUAUUCUCAAAAAUAAUCUAAAAACUGCUCGUCAGGUGCUCUCAAAAGUUAGAAACUUAGUCAAAGACAAUCCAAAAAUUGACGAAGAAAUUCUCCAAAUCCAACAAAAUGCUCAAAGUUCUGCAUCCAGAACAUCGAAACUGUCAAUAUUCACAGAGUUUAGUAAGCCACAGCUUUAUAAACCAUUCAUGAUUAUGGUUGCAUUCUUUACAAUUCAACAACUGUCUGGAAUAUUUGUAAUUUUCGUCUAUACUGCACAAUUUUCGAUUGAAGCUGGAGUGUCGAUUGAUCCAUUUUUAAGUACAGUAAUUAUUGGAAUUUUUCGAUGUGCGACUACCUUUGUUACUGCAUUUCUAUCAGAUAAAGUAGGAAGAAAGCCAUUAGCUAUUGUAUCUAGUAUUGGAAUGUUUUUCAGCAUGUCUGGACUAGCAUUGAGUGCUGAAUUUUCCUUAAAAGACACAAAGCUCUUUUGGGUACCAGCAGCACUUUUGUACUUUUUUGUCAUUAUUGGAACCUGUGGAGUUUUAGUUCUUCCAUUUUCAAUGGUCGCUGAAAUGUAUCCACAAAAGUCAAGAAGUCUUGCUGUUGGACUUUCACUUUCUUAUUGCUUCAUUGUUAGUUUCCUUACAAUAAAGUUUUUCUCAACAGCCUUUCUGUUUUUUGGAAGUGCUAUAGUGUUUUCAUUUUUCUCAAUUUAUGUCCUGCCUGAGACAAAAGGAAAGACACUUAAUGAGAUUCAGAAUUAUUUUCAUAAAUGAUUUAGUUGCUGAUAAGACUGAAAAUACGAUAGGAUUCUAAGGCUUUAUAUGUUUAAAAUAAUUAAAUAAAAAUAAUAAAUUGGAUCAA